CAUCGAAAAUGAUGAUAUGAAGACCACUUUCGUCUCCCUUUUCCUUGUACUCUUUCUCGGCAUCUGCGAACAGUUUACGAAUGUUCUCUUCUGAUUGUCCAACGUAUUUAUUCAAGACUUCUGGACCGUUGAUAACCUUUGGUUCUCUUGAGUUCAACAUCUUUCCAAUUUGACGAGCAAUCAAAGUUUUUCCAGUACCUGGAGGUCCAAAAAGUAAAAUACCCUUCACGUGCUGAAUACCCAACUUCUCAAUCAAUCCAGGAGGGAAAAUACGGGAAGCGAAUGCUCUUCGGAAAAUGGCACCAAAUUCAGUAUCCAAUCCACCAAUUCCCAUAUCCUCAAACUUGAAAUCAGGAGCAAUGAUGGAAUUGGCGGCCGGCCGCUUAGCAGAUCCCUUCAGCUUGAUAUCCGAUUUUGCAUCUUUGUAGAAUGUGAUGGGUGUAUGUUGAGUGAGAAUACCCCUCGCAUCAGGCUUUGUCAUUGUUGGAGCCGAUGUUGACUGUUUCUCUAAACUGAGAUCAACCAACUGCACCGUUUUGACCGUGAAAAUCAACGGAAUGUUCUUGAAAUCCAUCAAGAGUUUCUGUCCUGGGGAGAAAAUCUGGUUUUGGUAGAGCCUAAUAAAGUUGUCUGCCAAAACGUCCUGGUCAUAUGGAACAUCGGUAAACUUCUUUACAGAGGCAAAUCCAACAUCCACAUCCAAAGAUCCGAGGUAUGCAUGUCCACCUUGCGAGAAGGGGUCGUAUAUUUCAGCCGUUAUGGCAUCCAUCAUUCCCACAUCGCACCAUGUCCUUUGGGGAUCCGAUAGACUUAUGCAUCCUGGAGGAAAAGAGCUUACUGGCCUUGCGGUAACUACAUACCUGCCGUUCAACAGGAUAUACAAAUCGGAGCCAUCUCUCGAAGGAGGAAAUUCUUGUGGGGAAACGGCACACCUAUGGCGGGGUCAGUAACUCCCAAGUGCUACUACACCCUACUCGAACUCACAAGUUUCCAAAGAUAAACUGGUUUGCCAAAGUCUUGUCUUCAACUUUGGCAAUUCUUAAUUGCACUCGCCUGGCUGGACUCAUUUGUGGUUGUUGUUGCGGUGGAGGUCUUCCGACUGCUGGACGUUGUGGCAUCUGUUGCCUGCCCGGUGAUGGCAUAGGCGCACCACCGCCACCACCGUAGCCUCUGUUUUGCAUUCUGGGAUCCUCUUGGUAACCUGCCAUGGGAGUAUCGUCUCGUGGGGGAGGCGCUGGAGCCCGUCCGUAGCCAGCACUAGGAGCCCGUCCUGCCUUUGGACCUUGACCAAAGAGGUUCUGUCGAAUAUCCAUGAUUGCGGUGUUCGUGGCGUGGAAAUAUUUGUCUGAUGUUUCAAUGUGCAAUGGAGCCUGAGCCUGAGCCUUUCUAGAAGCAAAGUUGCAAAGUGUCCUAUGACCAGGUACUCGCCUGGUGGUCCACGUAAUGUAUUGAAGCUAUGGUGUCCUCGAACCGAUGACUCUUUGUAUGCGGAGAACAGAACACCUUUCCCUUCCCAUAUAACCCGGCGUGAAUCGUAACUUCGUGCAAGAAUUCCUUUCUGGGUGAAUAUAUUUUGUGGUGAGUUGCGAUGCAGUUUAUCAAGUGGCUCGUCCCAGCUCUCUGCUACUUGUCGGCUUUGACAACAGCCAGUGGCACGGACGAAGCUUCAGGGAUCACUGGGGGGCAGCGUGGGUUGGUCUUUAGUUUUGGCUUGGCAGCAUCCACCCCCACAUCCACUUCCACAACAGCUCCAUCUCCAUCUCAGCCUUCUCCAACUUUCAGCCUCGACCUAAAUUUCUUUCUACAAGUCGCAAACCACGAACUGAGGUGUCCAAUCAUGCCUCUGUAAGUUUUGGAUUCAACAUUAGUAGCUACUUGCUGACUCAUUUAGACAUCUCCUCGGCAAGAAAUCAUGGAACGUCUACAACACAGCCAACAUCGAAAAGGUUCAGCGCGAUGAAGCCAUCGAGGCAGCUCGGAUUGCGGCCGAAGAGCAGUCCAUGCAAGAGCUGGAUGCCACCAGACGUCUCCAGAUUCUACGAGGGGAAGAACCUACGCCUUCAUCAGCGAUCGAAGAAAUUUCCCAUGGUGAUCGGAAACGAGAGCACGAUGGUGAUUUCAGGGGAGGUAGAGAGCGCAAGAAGCGCAAGAAGGCUGGAGAGAAUGACACGGAUUUUGAAAUGCGGCUAGCGCACGAACAGACAGCUUCGGCAUCGAAUAACAAGGAGAGAGGACUGGUACUUGCAAACAAGGUUGACGCGCCGAUCGUUGAUGAGACAGGUCAUAUAUCUUUAUUUCCUCAGGAAGCCCCAAAACAAAGUCAACAGAUAUCCAAAUGCGCAGAGGCAGAAAGAGAGACGGCCAAGAAAAGAAAGGAAUAUGAAGAUCAGUAUACCGUCAAGUUUUCAGAUGCCGCCGGUUUCAAACAAGGAUUGGAAAAUCCAUGGUAUUCUAAGCAGAACAAUACAACCACUGAAGAAAUGGAUGCCAUGCCCGGGAAGGAUGUCUGGGGUAAUGAAGAUCCCCGAAGGAAGGAGAGGGAAGCAAAGAGAAUGGUGUCCAAUGACCCACUUGCCACGAUGAGACAGGGCGCUAAACAGGUAAGAGAGGUCGAGAAGGAGAGAAAGAGAUGGAGGGAAGAAAAGGAGAAGGAAAUGAAAGCCCUUGAGUAUGAAGCGAGGAGGAAGAGGCACAAGAGAAAGCGUGACCGUGACUGUGAAGACGAUUUAGAGGAUUUUAAACUUGAUUCCGAGAGAAGUGACAAGCAUUCUUCUAGGCGAAAAGAAGAUGAAAGAGAGAAACGACAUAGGCACUCCCAUCGACGAUACUCAGAUCGCGAGGACGAGAGAAGACAUAGACAUAAAAUUUGAAGACAUUCCCACGAUUAGCUAGCCAUAGUCGUACAAAUAAUACAUGUCAUAAACUCGUGAGCUCAUAAAACCAAGGCAGACAUACCCACCACCUACAGA